AUGAAGGAUGGGACCGGCUGCUACGACCACCACAUCGGCAUCGACUGCUCAGACGGUUUUAACGGAGGCUGUGAGCAGCUGUGUCUGCAGCAGCUGGCCCCCCUGGAGGACGACCCCACUCUCUACAAUAUCCUCAUGUUCUGUGGGUGUAUUGAGGACUACAAACUGGGCCCAGACCGACGCUCCUGUCUGCCUCUGUCAGAGUCCUGCACAGAGGGGGUGGACUGUGUCGAAGCAGCAGACGUGCCAGCAAACCAGACCGUUUUUGGAGACCUCUUCUAUGGAUAUAAUAACCACACCAAAGAGAGCACCUCUGGCCAGAUACUCAAGGCCACCUUCAGGCAGAAGAACUUCGCCCGCGGCAUCGACCAGCAGCUGCCCGAUGGAAUGGUAGUAGCGUCGGUGCCAACGGAGGUGCAGUGCCACGAGGAGCUGUCCGACCCGGUGCCCGACAAGGAGUACCUCACAGGAAUGGUGAACUACAGCGAAGUGACUGGGUACCCUCUGGUCCAGCAGUGGAGUCUGCGCUCGGUGCUCUACCACGUCAAGCUCAAUCAGUGGGUGCUCUCUCAAGUGGGAGAGCAGCGGUUUGUGGGCUGA